CGGUCUCGCAAACAGACGCGUCGCGUGUUAAUUGAAAUGCGGAGUUUAGGGAGCCUUUACCCGAAACUCGUCAAGCGACAAGCCUAAAACUCGAGGCGCCCAGGUGCCCCACAAUUAUCGAUUGCGCUUCAAUGAUGGUUCGACUUUUUUGGCCGCAGUUGCUUCCUCGUAACCACCAACAUCUUCAGAAUGGCGGACGACACGCGGCAAUCGAGCGACAUCACUCCGGAUGAUCAGUCACAAUCAGAUUUGGCUCGAUCUAAGCGGAGGGCCAAGCAUGAUUUCCCUCAAUCUCAAGCUGGAAAGAUGUGGGCGGCACUAGGGAAUCCUGCAGACCCGAUAAAUGAAAUGCCUGGAGGACAAUACAAUUCUGCAGGUGGAAAACCGGCCGAUGUUUCUUGGAAGGAUGCUUUCAACUUCUCAUAUCAUGGCAAAGGACCUGCUUGGUAUCAGACGCCAUGCUCAAGAGAUUCGUUACUAGUAGGAAUAGCUUCUGGUGGCGGUAUUGGAGGACUACGAUUUGUCCUCAAAGGCCUUUCCUCCGUCCUAGUCACCACUAACUAUGCAGUUGGUGCAUUUGCUCUCACGGCCGGCGGCAUGUAUUACUGGUGCGACAUGAGGCGCAAAGAAGAGCAGCGAGGUAUUGCACAAGCCGUUGUUGGAAUGAAGAUGCUGCAUGAGAAGAAAGCUCGCGAGAAGAAGGCUGCCGAAGAGGCCGCCGCGGCUUUGAAAGCGAAAGAGGAGGAAGAGCAGCGAAAGCGCAACCAGCAUUGGUACAAGUUCUGGUAAAAAUUGUGUUAUGCUUUUGCACUGAUUGGCGUAAUAUGGCGACGCGCAGCUUGUACUCAUACAGCUGGAC